AUGUCAAAUUCCAGUGGGCUAAACUCAUCUUGUGAGGAGUUCAUCGCUGACGAUGUAACUUCUAAUAGAUCUAAUAACACAAGAAGAAUGUUAAUUAAAGAAUAUAGAAAAAUAGGCCACGGUGCUUUUGGUACCGUUGUUCAAGCUUAUUUAACUCAAGAUAAAGAACAAUGGUAUGGUCCCUUUGCCAUCAAAAGAGUACCUGCUCAAACAGAGUAUAAAUCAAGAGAAUUACAAAUUUUAAGAAUAACAAAUCAUCCAAAUAUCGUUAAAUUAGAAUAUUUCUUCACCCAUACUUCUCCUUUAGAUAGAAAAGUUUACCAACACUUAGCUAUGGAAUGUUUGCCUGGAACUUUGCAAAUGGAAAUCUCACGUUAUUCAAAUAAUAAUUUACAAUUACCAAUUAAGCAUGUAAAAUUAUACAGUUACCAAAUUGCAAGAGGUAUGCUAUACUUGCAUGCAUUAGGAAUCUGUCAUCGUGAUAUCAAACCUUCAAACAUUUUAGUCGAUCCUUCUUCUGGUGUUUUAAAAAUUUGUGAUUUUGGUUCUGCUAAAAAGUUGGAACAUAAUCAACCUUCAAUUAGUUACAUUUGUUCAAGAUUUUACAGAGCUCCAGAAUUAAUUAUUGGUUCUACUCAGUACACUACUCAAAUAGAUAUUUGGGGUUUGGGAUGUGUAAUUGGUGAAAUGCUUAUAGGUAAAGCUGUAUUCCAAGGUCAAGAACCUUUAUUACAAUUGAGAGAAAUUGCAAAGUUAUUAGGCCCUCCUGAUAAAAAAUUUAUCUUUUUCUCAAACCCUGCUUAUGAUGGCCCCUUGUUCUCAAAACCAUUGUUCUCAGGAUCUCCACAAUCUCGUUUUGAAAAACAUUUUGGUCAUGCUGGUCCUGAUGGUAUAGAUUUAUUGAUGAAAGUCCUAGUUUAUGAACCACAAUCAAGAUUGUCUCCAAGAAGAAUACUAGCUCACCAAUUCUUUGAUGACUUAAGAAAAGAAGAAUAUUUCUUCCCAAGAGGUGAAACUCAACCUAUUCGUUUACCACACUUAUUCGAUUUUAGCGAAUUCGAAUCGCAGGUACUUGGAGAAUUCGUAACAAAGAUCAAACCGGAGACCGAAGAAGAUAGUUGA